AUGUUUGAGGAUUCAAUUAUCUUUCCUGCAUUAUUGUUUCACACUGAGCAGGUCAAUAAUGAUCAUACAAUUAGCUACUAUUCCAACGUCAUCAAUGUGCAACGGCGCUUGGCUCCCAUCAUCGUCAUGAAACUACACUACUAUGUCAGGAUCAAGCCCGCCCCAAGAGGCUUGUUACCGACCAAGUCACUGGCCCACCGGUAUUCGGGAAAAGUCGCAAGGGCGACCCAUCCACAUCCACCCCAACGCCCACUGAGACAGCCUCUGGCAAUUGAUCUGUGGGGUGGUCUCCCCUUAGGCGUCAAGGGGCCUGCCUAUUCCUGGGGCGGUGACUGCCGAGGCUUCCGACGCUUCCAGAAGGCAGCAGAGUUAACGGCAUUGUAUGCCACAUUUCUAAAAUCGGAGCCGAUAAUAAUAGUGGCUGUGCUAACCUCCAUCGCGCAUAUUACCACCAAUAGUUUAAUUUCUUUCCCCCAGAACACGGACGAAUGGUCCCAACGUGAGAGACACACAGCUAGACUGUCGGCCGUUGGUGGACCCCGAUGCAAUGACGAUUGGCUUUCCAGGAUUAUGGAGCGGACCUGA